AUGGAGAUUCCUCAGACGAAUACAGAGACAUUUAUGAAGAUAGAGGGCAGCUGUGUGGAGCAUAUGGACGGUGUUCAGAAGCUACCGGAGAAACUUACGGCCGCAGAUGAUGCGACAGAAAGAAAGAUGCUGCGGUCCAGGAUAGACGAACAGUCGAGUUUGAUUUGCAUGCUGAAACAGAGAUCAGACGAGACGCUGCUGCGAAGUCAAGCCCUGCAGAAAAUCAACACCGAGCUCGAAGCCCGAGCUACACACUGCCAAAGAGAACUGGACGGCAAAAGGAAGAAAACCGAGACGUUAGAGAGAAGAUUCAGAGAUUUAGCUGCCAGUAAUCAAUCAAUCAUUGCUUUCAUGGAGGAACACAAGAAGCAGAAUGCACAGUUUAGGCUGGAAAAUCAGCAGCUCAAGUUGGAAAAUGACUCCCUUUUCUCUCAAAAACUACAAGAUAAAGAAGAGUUGGUUCAAAAACUCAGGCACGACAUCAAACUGCUGACGGAGGAGUACGCCAGCAAAGAAGUCCAAUACUGUCAGAAAUUAGCUGAAAUGGAGUCAAGACAUCUGGAACAAGCAGCUCAGCAUAAAACCAAAGAAGCUUCUUUACUUGAUCAACUGCAAGAUGCUCAUCAAAAGCACACAAAUGCUGUGGCGCUCUGCAAAGAUUUGAGGAAGACGCUACAAGAGACUAAAGAACAGCAUGGAGCCAAGGAGCUCAGCAUGACAGAAAGCUUAGAUAACCUCACCAAAGAGAAGGACAAAUUACUGCAUCUUUCCAUGGAAAGAGGCAAAGUAAUUCAGGACAAACAAGAGGAAAUCGAGCAGCUGGAGGCGAAAUGGAAAGAAGAAAAGAAGGCUCGGGUCAAGGCACAGGACAGGUUUGAAAACGAAGCAGAUGCAGUCAACAAAGAUGCCAAAGUUAAUUCUCUGCAGUCUGCUCUCGAUGAAUCGAUGAAAAAGAUUGAAAAUCUUAACAAGGAUUUGAACGCCCUCCAGGAGCACAGCAACCUUCUUCUCACACAGGAAAGGGAGCUGAAUAAGAAACUCCGCCAUCUGAUACUCUAA